CUCCUUUCUUGUCCAGAUGAUUGCAGAACAAGCAGAACGAGAUGAUCUGAACAUUGCUAUGGACUCUCCUCUCUGUUGGUGACAGUGGAGUGAUGUUGCCAUAAACAGCCUGUUGGAUUGGUCUGUGUUUAUUCCCUAGAGACCAUAUUACAACCAAGACAAAGUAAAGGGUAUCGCAGAUGGGGCAGGAGCAUGAGUGAGUAGGAGGACCAAUCUGCUCUGCGGCAACAGUGGGACCCCAGCGGAACAGAAAUACAGGUGGCAAAGGAUCAAAAAUGGGGCUGAUUACACUCCUCUGUUUUGGGUGUUUAAUAUGGAUACAGCCCAGUCAAGCUCAAAACAAAGCUUGUAGCGGAAUGAACAUGUUUGAUCUUAUGUUUUUUGUUCAUUACUCCUCUGAGAUCAACUUUCAGCCGAUGAAAGACUUCCUGCAGAACUUCAUUGGCUUGAUUGACCCUGACCACGACAUAAAAAUGGGACUAGCUUUUUUACCUUCCCAGAGAGGGGAUUUCAACCUAACCAGAUACACCACCAGCAAUGACAUCCUCAGCAAAAUAAGAUCACUCAGGCCACGGCCGUCGCGGCGUUGGAACAUGGGUGGCAAUUUAAAGAAGUUCCUGACAGGGGCAUCGCGGUACUUCAGCGGGAAUGUUGGCGGGAGAUCCGCUCAGAAAGUCCCACAAGUGGCAGUCCUGCUCACUGACAAUGUCGGCACUGUCAGCCUCCGCGGUUCCAGCACCGACUUGCAUGUGGCCGGCGUCACGGUGUACGUGAUAAACAUCGGAACCAGAGACACGAAGAGCAAUCUGUUCUACGUUGCUUCUUAUCCCUACGAGAAGACCAUCAUUACUGUUGAUACUGUCCAGGAUCUGUCCCAGGUUUCGCAGGACCUGCUCAAAGACGGGUGCUAUCGCCUCAGUCACAAAUACAGAGACUACUGGGAGACAAGAAAGAUCAUUCAGAAACGUUGCUCCAAAAACAUGAGAGCUGACGUUUACUUCUUGAUCGAUGACUCCAGCACUGUUACCUUGGAGCAAUUCAAUGAGAUAAAGCGCUUUUUGAACAACACAGUGCAAUUAUUCCAGAUUCGAUUCGACGGAGUGCGAGCAGGAGUGGUCCAGUACGCAGCCAGUCCCGCGACAGAGAUUCAUCUACUCGACCACACCAACAAAACAGACUUGACCUGUGCGAUUUCUUACAUCGAGCAAAAGAAGCUUGAUGCUGAUAUCGCAAACGGUCUUCAAAAUGUGCUGAAAUAUUUCAGAAGUUCAAAAAGGGCAAACACGCCCCAGUAUCUUGUUAUUCUGAGGGAGGGUUACCAGAGAGCUGUGAAUAAGGUCAUGUUAGAAACUGCCACACGAGAGCUGCAUGACUUUGGAGUUGUUACAUACGCCAUCGGGGAAGACUCUAACACACUAGAAAAACUGGCGUCAUCGCCUGACAAAUAUUUCAGAAUAAGCGACUUUGCUUUUUUAAAAGAUAUUGAACUUCAGGUGGCCCAUGGGAUUUGUGAAUCAGCAGCAUUACGCAGCAGCGAAGCAGAUAUCAUCUUCUUGCACGACAGCUCUUAUUCAGAGAGCUUGCGGGACCAUGAGCUCAUGAAGGAAUUCAUGAAGGCAUUCAUGGAAAGCAUCACGAGCGAGCAGAACGGAAUCCGUGCAGCUUUGAUAGAAUACACUGAUGAAUUCCAGUACGUCUUCGACUUGGAGCCCAGGCUGACGCUGGAUGAAUACAAAAAUGCCAUUGACAGCGUGAGCCGGGCACCACGGGGCCCUCUGGCAGACGAGUCUCUCACAGUGCCAAGACUUUUUGACAAAGUCCCUGACAAAGAUCAACAUAUACUGGUUUUCAUAACAGAUGGCAAAUCUCACACGCAAUUAGCUCAGCUGGCUUCAGAUUUCCGUAGCUCUGGGACUGACGUAUAUGCCAUUAUGAACUCGGACGCAGAAAUGAGCAAUAUAGAGAACAUAACGGAAUCAAAGGCAAAAAUAUUUCAAUUGCACCAAAAUGUCUCCACCUUAGUAGACAGAAUGCACGAAGUAAUUCAAAAGGAGUGUCAGAACGCAGAUGUUGCUGAUAUAGUUUUCGCUCUGGAUGUUUCCUGGGAUGUGCAAGAGGAUGAUUUUGAACUCAUGAAGAAUUUCAUUAUUUCAGUAGCAAGCAGCUUUCUCAUAGGACAGUACAGCACGCAAGUCGGGGUCAUUCUGUAUGGAGCCAAUGCCCGCCAGGGUAUCGGUUUGGAUGAAUACAAAACCUUCAUGGAACUGGAGUCGGGGAUACGGAACAUGAACUUUGGUCAGGUUGACCGUAAUGGAAGAAACAUUGCUAUGGCGAUCCAGCUUGCCAGUGACUUGCUCUCCCGUAAAGGCCGCGAACAUUUCAGUGUUCCCCGGUUCAUCAUCACUGUCACUCACAAAGAUACCACUGAUUUGGUCCAGUUGAAAACUAUUUGUACACGGGUCCAAGAUUCUGGGGUGCACACUCUGGCUGUUGGGAUAGAUUACGCGGACACUGAAACUCUUAAGAUCAUCGGAGAGUCAGACAGCAGUUAUUUUUCAGUGAAAUCUUUUGACAAGCUGAAGUAUUUGUCUAGACAAGUCAUCCAAGAAAUCUGCAGUGCACCAUAUUGUAACAUCGCCCUGGUGGACGUCGCCUUCCUCAUCGAUGGAUCUGAGAGCAUUACGCCUGAUCAGUUUGAUCUGGAGAAAGAUUUUGUUAAAAGUAUAGUCAACAGCUUUGACAUUCAUGACCACGUAAGGGUCGGCUUAGCUACGUUUAGUGAAACGUGUGAUAUACAAUUUAACAUGAAAGCAUUCAACACCAGAUUGGAAUUUGCCCAAGAGGUAGACGCGGCUAAACCGAAAUACAAAGGUACGAACCUUGCGGUGGCCCUGAAUGGGUCAAGGCAAUUUUUUAUCCCAAGCAGAAGAAGGAAAGAUGUGAAGCCCCGUUUGAUUGUGAUGACUGACGGGGAUGACCGGAACCAAGAUAAAGAAAGGAUUUCACAGAUAGCUAAUCUCUUGCGCAAUGUGGAUGAUGUCACCAUUGUUGUGGUGGUUGUGGGAGAAUUCGUCAAUCCAGUCGUGCUGAAUCUGAUUGCUGGUGAAAGAUCAAACAUAUACAGGACAGUUUCACACAGCAACCUUAAAGACAUUGCACCAAGGAUAGUGAGAGCAAUUUGCGACGACCCUGAAUGCAUCAAACCUGUUCCACCUCCGACGGUUCCCCCGCCGCCCAACGACUGCCUGAUCGACAUCGCAGUGGGAAUCGACGUCGCAGGAGAGUCGGGAGAUCUCUUGCUGUUCUACCACCACCAGCUGCGUUUGAACCUCUUGCCGACACUGACGGCGCUCAACAAUUUGUUGCCAUCCACCUGCACAAAGCCGCUCAGCGUUCGAUUCGGGUUCCAUGUCCCUAACACAGACCCGCCCUUCGUCACCACCUUCCAGCCGCUGAGCGACGACAUCGUAAAGCAGCUGGAGAUGAGAGUUAUACGGGAGACCUCGCGACUGGACGCUCGCUACCUCCUUUCAUUUGGAGAAAAGUUCAGGAGAGAGUCUGACAGGAACACCUACAUACAGGUUAUAUUGCUCUUCACAGAUGGGCUGGAUGCUAGUUACGCAGAACUGAACACAGCAAUCGAGUCUCUCAGAAGGGAUGGAGUUCAGGGCCUCAUUACAGUGGCCUUGGAUGGGAUGUCGAAGGAGGCAAUUCAGGAGCUGCAUGCUAUUGAAUUCGGCCCAUUUGGGACUGGGUUCUGCUGCAGGGCUCAGCUCGUUAUCAGCGAGAUGAUUGCUGGCGCAUUGCACUCCGCGUUUGUCACCUUUGCAGAAGAAGUGUGCUGCAGUUGCUGCGUGUGUGUUGGCCCACCUGGUCCCAGAGGUCUCCCUGGAGUGGAGGGUGUUGAGGGCAGUAAAGGACAGAAGGGCAUGGAGGGACACACAGGAGAUGACGGGAUGCCGGGAGCGGUUGGGAAGCGCGGGGUGGACGGGCCUCCUGGUGACCAAGGCUGUGCAGGACACCGAGGCGUGAAGGGAAGCAGAGGAUUCACUGGAGAUAAGGGUGAAAAUGGAGUUGAUGGUUGGAACGGGAUCCAAGGGCAACAGGGAGAUCCUGGACUCGACGGACAUAAAGGCGCCAAAGGGGAUCGUGGAAGUCAGGGUAACGAAGGACCUCCAGGCCCACCGGGAGAUGAAGGAGAAAAGGGUUUGCCAGGAGAACCAGGGACACCAGGGUCCAAUAACAAUGUCCCUGGACCAAAGGGAGACCUGGGUAGAGCUGGAUAUGAUGGUGAUUCCGGUCCAGAUGGGUCACCGGGCCAAAGAGGAGAACCAGGAAAUAAAGGCAAGAGUGGUCAAAGAGGACCCGAAGGCAUAUUGGGGACCCAAGGAGAAAAAGGUGCUGAAGGUUUGCAGGGUGAGCCGGGAUUCAGAGGCGAGCAGGGCUUAACGGGAGUCCCAGGAGCCAAGGGAGAACCUGGAGACAUGGGAUGGAAAGGUCCACAGGGCGCCGGCGGACUUCAGGGGAACAAAGGCAGCAAGGGCAACCGUGGAAGGGCAGGUCAAAAGGGUCAGCCUGGGCUGCCGGGUGAAAAAGGAAACAUCGGCAACAUGGGGUUUCGAGGAGAACCAGGUACUGAUGGAUUGGGAGUACCUGGAACUCCAGGGCCAAAGGGGCGCAAAGGAACCUCUGGCAGCGAUGGCCAUGUCGGGCUAUGGGGAGAAGUUGGAGAAAAGGGUUCACCUGGAGAUAUGGGUCCCAAAGGCCAUCAAGGAACCAUGGGCCUGAGCGGACAAAAAGGUGUGAAGGGGGACCCUGGUGAGCCAGGUUAUCCCGGCCGGAGGGGACCUAAAGGAGGCCCGGGAACCCCAGAACGAACCGAGUGCAGCCUUCUGGAUUUUGUACGGGACAACUGUGCUUGCCAAGGAAUUCAACACUUUAACGUCCCAGCUUCAAGAUUUGACCCCAGAUUACCAAUAUUCCCAGGCUGCCACAUGUGUCCAUCUCAACCGCUUGACCUGGUGAUCGCCUACGACAUGUCCAGUGAGGUGCUGGAGUUUCAGCUCAAUAACAUGAAGAGCCUGAUCACACGGAUCAUAGAGGACAUGAAAAUCAGCGAGAGCAACUGCCCGGCCGGUGUCCGCCUGGCCAUAAUGUCCUACUCGGACACGGCGAAGCAGGUCAUUCGCUUCAGCGACUACCUCACUAAAGGCACCUUGCUGCGGCUGGUGAAUGAGAGGGUGCUGUACGAGAGGACCAGCAGGCAGCGGGACCUGGGGGAGGCCAUGACGUACACCGCAAAGCACAUGUUCAAAAGGACCCGUGGUGGAAGCCUGGUGACAAAGAUGGCCAUCUUCAUGACAAGAAUGUAUAUGGGACGAGGGGAUUUCGCAAGAAUCCUGACCACAGAACAGCAGCUGUACACAGCAGCCAUGGAGCUGUAUGCAAAUGACAUCACCCCAGUGAUCGUCACCUCGGUGUCACCGGAGACAGAACUCACCGAUGCAUUCUUGAACUUUCCGGGACGAUACGGGAUCAUAAGUGACAGCAGUGAGGAGCAGAUAAUGGGACGUCUGCGAGCUUGCUUUCUGUGUUACGAUUCCUGCCACGCAGACCCGACGUGCCCAGCGGAACGGCACAGCCCUGUCAACGUCGAUGCCGACGUCCUCUUCAUGCUGGACAGCUCAGACAGCAUCAGCGAGGUGGAGUACCAACAGGCUCGCGGAUUCCUUUACAACAUGGUGGACCAGUUUGGACCCUCGGGUGCUUCACCAAGCCCCCUUCUUACUGGAGCGAGAUUCGCCCUCGUCCAGCACAGCGGGGUCGUGCCUAGGAGGAAGAACCCCAUUGAAGUGGAGUUCGACUUUCAUAAAUUUGCAGGCAAACUGGAGGCCAUGAAGAAUCACAUCCACCAUCUCACUAGGCGCAUCCACGGCUCCUCCGCCUUAGGGCUGGCUCUAGACUAUGUGAUAGAAAGACUCUUUGAUAAACAGACCACAACAACAACCUCUAACAAGGUUAUAUUCAUUAUUUUGGGUGGAGCGGGUGACCACCGAGACCCUAGACUGAAAGAGAUCGCCCUCAAGGUGAAGUGCGCUGGGUACAUCAUCUUCACCCUCUCCCUGGGGUCCAAGACCAGGUACAGGGAGCUCUACACCAUGUCAAGCAUGCCGAUCAGCGCACACUCCUGUCAACUCGAUGCGGCAGGUGACGAUGAUAUAAGUUACGCUCUUCGCUUCGCCAUGUCCUUCUUCAGCUUUCUGCCAAAGAGGCCCAGUACUGACCCUCACUGGAGGGUGGAGGACUGCGACUUUACAACAACCGACGAUGUGUCAGGGUUCGAUGUUUUAUCAGACGGCGCACACAUGGAGGCCGAAGACAUUCCCAAGCAGGCCAUUAAUGCAGAACUGGACUUUGUCCAACCUGAGCCAGAUAAACAGCUCCCAGCUAUGCUGCAUGUCCAGCAGCCAGACAGCCCCUCGCAGCUGGACACUCGGCCUCAAGAUGUUGCCAAAAUGGCGAACGGUCUCCCGGGUGAGCUGGCGGAGGUGCGCGAGGGCCCGCGGGAAGUGAAGCCCCAGAUGGCUGCGUCUGAGCUGAGCCCCACAUCCAAAUUGAGCCCAGUCGUGAGACAGAGCUCUGAGCUGGUAGGACGACAGGGCCAGACACUCCCACGAACUUCCGCCCGCUGCCUGCAGAACAAGGAUAACGGCAGGACAUGCAGAAGAUCACAGGCCAUCCAGUGGUUCUACAACCGGCACGUGAAACGGUGUGCCGUCUUCUGGUACAGCGGGUGCGACGGCAAUGGGAACAGGUUCCCCACACAGGCGGCCUGUCGUCAGCUCUGCGUCGCCCAAAGAUCGCAUGUGUGAUUCCCGGGGUGCCUUCGCCUGCUGAGCCUUACCAGAAUCUUUUACUGCCACCUUGUGGCAGAGGAUUGAAGUGACACCAACCCUCUCGGCGCUGGUCCGAACGGGCCACACCCCAUCCGCCUUUCCAGGCUACAUUCCAGGCCAAGUAACUAUUAUUCUUUUGAAGUAACAAUGUUUGAGGCACCCUGAAGCAAUUUGGACUGAGAAUCACAGUGAUUGGCUGCAUGGGAAUUGGGUC